UAAAAUGGCUAACACUUUUAAAGCCUUUGAAGUUUUCUUGUUUCUCACCCUUCAAACGUCCUGUAUAAUGGCCUUGAAUCUCUCAGCAUACUACGACCAGUUUGCACAUCCACUUGGCCUUCAACUACCACUUCCAAAUAUCUCUUCGGUGGACGCGAAGGUCUCCAAGGAGUGUUGGGACGCUGUGCUCAAGCUGGACGCUUCAACGAUUGCUCAUUACCUGGAUGCACUUGGCAAACCUGGAAGUGGAAUGCUAAUUGGCAAUUUUGCCAUGCUUGGAUCAUACAGCGAAUGCACGAAGACCAUCGCUGAUGCCCACUAUUGCACAGCCUUUCUGUCAAUAUCAUCACUUCCUAAGGACCUUCCAAUUCCGGUUCCCUGGGGCCUCUGUACACCAAAACAGUGCAGUGAACAUGACAUAACCCGUGCUCUACGAUUCAUCUUCAAAUUUAUUCCACAGGUCAGCUUGAAGCCCAUUCAAAUUGGAUCGAAGGAGAUAUCUGUGGUCUGCGACAAAAAGUCUGAGUACACAACGGGUGUUAUCAUCACUUUGGCUCUUUGUGGUUACAUCUUGUCCCUAUGCCUUCUGGGUACAAUCGUCGACUGCACUCUUAGCUUUUUGGAGUCACGUCCUUCAAAUAUCAACGAGAAUAAUGAAAUUUCUUUAGUUGAGAGUGGCCAUAUUAUUACAGAUAAAGGUGAAAUUCCUAAUGGUCAAGAGGGUAAUCACGUGACCGAAGACACUUAUCUUCUCGGACAUUCCCCUAAAGCGAAUUCAAGUCCGUCAGAAACUCUAUCAAGUUCACAACUUCAAAUGAUAAGGCAACAUUGGAUGACUCGAUUCUUCAUGUGUUUUUCGCUGGUCAAAAACACAAGUUUUAUAACGGACACCAGUAACUCUCCUGGUAAUUUCACUUCACUGCAUGGUAUGAGAGUACUAAGCAUGUGGUGGGUUAUCUUGGGACAUUGUUAUUUCAUGCUACAGUUUUCCCCAGUGACUAAUCUUUUAUCACUUAAAGAACUUUUUCAACGUUUCACGUUUCAAGCCGUCCAAAAUUCAUCAUUUUCAGUCGACACCUUUUUCGUCCUGAGUGGCCUCCUAGCGACGUAUUUAUCGUUGCGUCGUAUGGACAAAAACAAUGGAAAGUUGUCACUCUUUCACCACUAUUUUCAUCGCUUCUGGAGGUUGACUCCACCUUACAUGUUUCUAGUGCUGUUCUAUGAUAAAUUAAAUGGAUUUCUUGGCAAGGGGCCUUUGUGGUUCUAUGCACAAAAUAACCCACAAUGUGAGAAGUACUGGUGGACGAAUCUUCUCUACAUCAACAACUUCUAUCCCAAGAAAACGAACGGAGGGCAUGGAUUGUGUAUGGGUUGGACAUGGUACUUAGCUGAUGAUAUGCAGUUUUACAUAAUUGCUCCUGUGAUCCUGUUCAUAGCAUACAGGUUUCGCCUCCGAGGACUGCUUGCCAUUGUUAGUGUCUUGUUAGCUGCCAGUUUUGUCACUACAGCCACCAUUUAUUAUUCUUAUGAUCUCACGGGUGAUGAUUACGACCUUGUCUACACCAAACCAUACUGUCGUAUCCCUUCAUACCUUGUUGGUAUGGUGUUGGGAUAUUUGCUUCAUAAGGCAAAGGACUGGAGGCUCCCUACAAAGGUGUUUAAUGUGACUGGCUGGUGUCUGGCCAUCAUCCUCGCUGUGUCCACUUUGUAUGGUAAAUACCAGACUGAAAGACAGGACGAUCCUCAACCGUUCUCUCGCAUCCAAUCCAUCUCAUACGGGACCUUUGCACGAUUUGCGUGGAGCUUGGCAAUUGCCUGGGUAAUUUUUGCGUGCCAACGCGGGCUCGGAGGUUUGGUGAACAGGAUUCUGUCGGCUCGCUUCUGGAUUCUGUUAAGCCGUCUGAAUUACUGCGCCUAUCUCGUUCAUUUCGUUGUUCUUUUGAACCUCUUGGCGUCAAAUGAGUUUGUUUGGACCUACUCUGACGUUCAUAUGGCCUAUCGUUUUGUAGGCGUCAUGAGCAUAUCAUAUGGAGUAGCAUUCAUAUUGUCUGUUUGUGUGGAAGUUCCAGCCAGGCAGCUAGAAAAACUGAUCCUAAAGAGAAACAGUUGAACAGUGACGUCAUGCAAAUGUUCAGCAAGUGUGUCUAUUGAUUACUUACCUGUAAUUUCAUCAAUAAAAAAACUGGGUUUUCAAAAAAAUUCUGUGAAAUUCCCUCUCCCUCCUCCAAAAUGAGUAAAUGAAUGAUUAAUAACAAAGCAAAACAAAAAAGAUAAAAAUACUGCCUUCCACGAUUUAAGCUCAGCCCGGUUACACUAUUUUAAAAUCUUUAGAUGAAUACAAGGAAUUAUCCAAUGUAAAAGUGAGUACAUGUACCUGCAACCGAACUGAGAAAAGAUACUGAUAUAACAAUACGAAAUAUGAUUUAGAGGUUUGGGAAAAUCGAAUUAUGGAACAUAUUUAUUGUAUAUAGACCUGACAAAUAAUGGUAGAGAAACUUAAUGCGAAUAAACGGAUCAUUGUCCUUUCAAUGAAGUGUGCCAUAUGCCUUUCGUUGUCUGCUUCCGGUUGAUUUCCUCACUGGUUUGGACUUAAACAAUGUACCAACAUUUUAAGCGAUUUAUCAGUUAAGAAGAAUGUACAAUAAUUCCUCUUUUGAGUGUAAAUAUUUGAUCAAAUAAAAUACUCCUGAUUCAUUCUUGUAUU